CAUUAAUUACUCCUGUUAACUGAAACAAUGCUUUUGAUACCUUGACUUGCAUGUGGUGCAGCAAUGUAGCACCUUCUACGCUACAAAAAAUGUUGGCUGGGAAAAUAAUCCAGGCAAUAAUUUCACUUCCUCUCAAAACACAACUGGCGAAACAAAUUAGUAGUAAACAGAAUCUACAUCAUAAACCCUGCAUCAUACUUUACAUGGCUGGAGGAUUACUGUCAUUUAUUUACUGUGAUAAUGUUGGAUGUCUAUGUUAAACAGAGUCAAAGUUCCAAAACUUGAUGUGAACAUAUGUAAAAAUGUUUCCUAAAGGUCAAAGGCCAGGGCUUCAUGCUGCUCUGAACAUUUCAAUUACUUCUACUUCCCCAUCAAACUGAUAUCUGAUCAUUUACCCACACCCACAAACAGCCAUGAGUUCUGCAGUCUUUGUUGCUAAGGUUGUUCCACCGGCUGUUCACAUAUUUUGGAUCAGAUUUUGGCUCGAACAUGAACGGAUGUAUUUGAGGAGUCUACAUUUGGAGUAAAAUCCCAGUGAAAUCCUAUGACUAUUGUUUAUAGCUACCCAAUCAGAACAGAGUGGGCUCAAUAAACAUAUAGACCUGGAAAUGUCCCCUUUAAGUAGCCUAAUAAGUGAAAUAUUACAAAUAAACAGCAGGGCUUAUAAACAACUUUGCACUUUCUUUAGUUCAGUAUCCUUUUCAUUUCCUCUUGUAAAAGGGCGAUUUUGCAGCUCCAAAACAAAUACAGACAAUCUUCUCCAAGUUGUUGCUGUUAAAGAUUAUGUGACAUUGCUGAGGAAGGAUUUUUUACUUUCUCAUCAAUCCCUGGAAAUUAAUUCAACAGAAAAGUGUCACAUUGCAUUUUAAUGGAUGUUACUUUACAUAAACAUUAGGUUCGGAAAAAAUGCUGGAGAGAGGUGUAAUGUAUUCCAAAUUCACCUGGUUCUGUCAAGCCAGUAGACCGCCUCAGGGUUCAUCCAUUCAUCUACAUUAAGUACAGAAUUAUUCUUUAAAAUGCUUUACUGUUAUUUAAACUAAGUAAUAGCUGCAGUCUGGAAGCCUUUUCCUCUUUGAUAUCAUGUUGAUUCAUACACAUUACAGCCCAGAGCAAAGUGCAUAAAGUUUUACAAAGGUCUGAUAAAUUAUUAAACUGGCGUUUGAGGUUCGACAGAGAAUAUAGUCCAACAUCUAACUUUAAUUAAAAAAAAUCCCAAGUAUUUUUAAGCAGCGUCAGAGCACAGAGUUCACUGCCAGUCUGUGAAGUUGUCAGCGACGUCUGUGUAAUCCGACACCUGACAUCAUCUGGUUUAUGGAUCCUUGCUCUCCGAGUGAAACCAGAUGUAAUUCCCCCACUUUGGAAAAAAAAAAAAAAAGAAAAACUCCUCCCCAAACCUGGAGCUCCCAUUGUACUUCCUCAAAAUCCAACAGAUAUAAACUCACACACUGACCUACUUCGGCAGCAGCAGAGGAACACAGCAGUAGACUCAAGAGGACUUCACCAAACUCUGACUUUUUUGGAUUUAAGGAUGUUGCCGUGCGUGUGUGUGUUGCUGCUGGUGGCCUCAGCUCUGGCCCAUCUGGACGAAGUCACUCUGGACGCCCAGUGGGAGCAGUGGAAGGUCACACACAGGAGAGAAUACAACGGCCUGGAUGAAGAGGGUAUUCGCAGGGCCAUCUGGGAGAAGAACAUGCUUAUGAUCGAUGCACAUAACCAGGAGGCAGCGCUGGGCAUACACUCCUUUGAGAUGGGGAUGAACCACCUGGGAGACAUGACGUCAGAGGAAGUGGUCGAGAAGAUGACUGGCCUGCAGGUCCCGAUGAACAGCGAGCGCAGCUUCACCAUGGCCCUGGAUGACAAGGUGUCCAAAAUUCCCAAAUCUGUCGACUACCGCAAGAAGGGCAUGGUGACUCCAGUGAAGAACCAGGGUGCCUGUGGCUCUUGCUGGGCCUUCAGCUCCGCCGGGGCCCUUGAAGGCCAGCUGGCCAAGCAGACAGGGCAGCUGCUAGACCUCAGUCCUCAGAACCUGGUGGACUGCGUCACAGAGAACGACGGCUGUGGAGGAGGAUACAUGACCAACGCCUUCCGAUAUGUGCAAGAAAACGGAGGCAUUGACUCUGAGGCGGUUUACCCAUACGUUGGACAGGACCAGCCCUGUCGCUACAACUCAACAGGCAUGGCAGCUCAAUGCAAAGGUUACAAGGAGGUCCCGGUAGGCGACGAGCACUCGCUGGCUGUGGCGUUGUUUAAAGUGGGUCCGGUGUCUGUGGGCAUUGAUGCCACGCAGAGCAGCUUCCAGUUCUACCAGAGAGGUGUUUACUACGACCGCAACUGUAACAAAGAUGACAUCAAUCACGCCGUGCUGGCAGUGGGCUACGGAGUCACCCCCAAGGGCAAGAAGUACUGGAUUGUCAAGAACAGCUGGAGCGAGAGCUGGGGCCACAAGGGCUACAUCCUGAUGGCACGUAACCGUGGCAACCUCUGCGGCAUCGCCAACCUCGCCAGCUACCCCAUCAUGUGAGGAGAAGAGUGUGAAGCUCAGCGGAAGACAAAGGAGAUCAAAGGGACUUUGCUAAGACUACUACACACAAAGAACACGCUUGGAUUGUACGCAGAGUUCAUUCCAAAAUGUCAGCAAUCACUACAAACAAUUACAAGACAUAUUUCUUGGUUUACUAAUACAUAUUUGAAUUACUUCACUGUACAAUACAAUAAAACUCAAAUUGGUCUUAUAGUCUUUUGUGAUUAACUCUUCCGGUGAUGAAAAGGGUCAAAUGUUGUGGAGUCUUGGAUUCCAACAUCCUUAAAAAUGUCUGAUGAGGACAUCUGGUUAUCUUGAGUUGAAGCACUUUAAACCCCUUUUCAUUCAUAUCUCCAAACCAACAGACCUCCAAUCUGGUCCAAAAUGGCAACACAUAGUAACAUAGAACAAAGGUUGGUUUUGUGCCAAAAUGCCAAGUUGAAUCUACAAACCCACCAGGCACAACCAACAUUUUCACAGUAUUUGGCUGGUAGUCAGUGAUAGUUUCAGUCCCUAGUUUUUAAUUACAGUCUGUGUGAUAACCAAUGAUGUUUUCAAUUCAGUGUGACAGGAACCGUUGCUGGGCAAUGGGAGCUCCUCCUUUCCUGUUGAUGAAGAGAAAAGUCUCUUCCUUUAAAAUCGUAACUAGUUUUUCUUAUUGAUCAUGUUGACUUUUGUUAUUGUUCUGUUCAGCACUUUUCUGAUGAUUAAACUGUAAACUGAUGUUUUCUAUGAAAUUAAAUAAAGGUUUCAUUUUGAA